CAUGAGAACAUCAUAGAGGGAUUCCAUCCGCUGCGGAUAUCGAAUUGUAGGCUCGAGAUCCUAUCCGGACUGCGCUUACGGGAUGUUCCCAUACCACCAGUGCACAUGGUUGUCUGACCGCGAAUGGCGUGACUUGGGCACUACGACUGGCAUGACCCGCUGAGACUUUUCUUCUGCAAUUAAAACCUACCAAAUCAUCCUAGCAGCUCCUAGACUCCUGGCACUUGAUUUUCUUGAAAUCGAAUGUUACGGUCCCUAGCGCUAUCUAUUGCGCCAAGGCAUUUUAAAGGUUCUAAACGCUCAAUGGCAAUGCACGUCACGUUUGGAGUGUAAAAAAAGACAUGCCUGACUACUGCACAACAGAUUUCGCCAGUUCGCUGGUUUUGUACAAUUUGGCCAAACCUCAAGUGAGCUACAUGUUUUUUUUUUUUCACUAGAACACACCUUGCCCUUCCCACCAAAUACCGAAGUCCCAGCUGUGCGAAUCCGUACACUUAUUGUUCCGACACAAUCAACCCGGCCAUACCCAUGCCCUAUCCAAGUGUCAGAAGAAGCCAGUGCGCAGAUGCCACAAUGGUAAACUUACAGUGCCAACACACAUGGUAGUCACGGCAAUCUUCUUGCCCGUCCGCUUCAGCUCCGACAGUGCGGUCACAAUCUGUCGUGCACCGGUGCAUCCCAAGGGAUGACCCAAUGCGAUCGCACCUCCUCUGGGGUUGACCCUCGCCCUAUCAACGCCGAGUGUUUUUGUGCAAUGAACCAGCUGGAAAGACAUUAGCGCGCUAGUCUACGCGUCUUUGGUCGGACGUACCACUGAACCAAAAGCCUCGUUGAUCUCCCAGAUGUCUACAUCCUCCUUCGAGAUUCCAACCUGCUUAAGUAGCUUUGGCACAGCUAUAGUUGGACCAGCUCCCAUGAUCCGUGGCUCCAAGCCUGCGACGGUGCUGUGAACAUACUUGCCCAAGAUCGGCUGGCCCAGCCGUUGAGCUGUGCUUCUCUUCAUCAUGAGAAUGCACGCAGCGCCGUCUGUGAUUUGCGACGCAUUGCCUCCCGUAGUUGUGGAUGGAGGCCAUUGUGGGAAGGCCUUUCUGAUGCCCGCGAGCUUUUCCUUGGUGGUGCCGUAGCGCACACCAUCGUCGCGAUCGGCGACGACAGUCUUGACCUCACCCGUCUUUGGGUUUUUGAGCUGCGUCGUGAUGGGGAAGAUCUCGUCGUUGAACCAGCCCGCCUUCUGCGCUCGCUCAGCCUUAGCAAACGACUCGGCUGCCCACUCAUCUUGCUCCUCCCUUGUGAUGUCAAAGUCACGGGCAAGGUUUUCAGAUGUCCAACCCAUGGGCAUGCUGAUAUCUUUAGCGACUGGAUGAGUCGAGAUCUUGGAGCCGAAAUUCGGGGCACCGUCGUCAGGAUUCUGGCUCAUACUCUCAACACCGACCGCCAGACCGACUUCGAUGCCUCCAGAAGCAAUUUGAUUGGCUACGCUUUGCGUUGCGAGAAGACCUGAUGAGCACCAUCGGCUUGCGAUCGAAGUAGCGGUUGUAGCAGGGAAACCAGCGCUCAGGGCUGCGCCACGGCUGAUAUAGUUUACACGCGGCUCCAACACAUUGCCGAAGACAAUCUCUUCGACAAGUGCAGGAUCUAUUUUCGCACGUUCAAUAACGCCGCUAAGCAUGGCAACAAGAAGGUCCUCGAGCGAGGUGCUGCUGAGUGCACCCCCCCGAGCCUUGGUCAAGGCUGAGCGAAUAGCAAGGGUGAUGACUAUGUCAUCGGGAUUCUUUUGAAGGAUUUCAUCUUUCCUUGAUUUUGUGGGUGAAAUGUGAGAGACGACCUGCUGCAGCCUUUGCAUAGUUUGCGACAUGUUUGAUCGAGUGUGAAGAUAUGAAAGGUUUACGUGCUGGAAGGAUCCUCAGACGUGCUUUUGAUACUGCAAUAUACCGCCUCGGGCAAGAGAUGCUACUACCGCGGCAUAGAAGCAAUUGGCUAGACCGCUGCUGUCUACUGGCAAUGAAGCGUUGGUGGCCACCAGUAGUGGAGUUGGACACGGGAGAUGAAAUCGGCAUCUCCACACCCCGCCUUUCCUCAUUGGGUAGUCAACAUCAACGGCCACCAGGCUUAGACCAAGGUAAGAUUCGGAAUUCCUAAACAUGUAUUCUAUUUGUCGUCCUUCGGGGCGUAAAAUAUUGAGACGACUAACUUGUUCAUGUUUUAAGUUUGAUUCAUUGUAGGGCAUGGAAAAGAUCAGUGCUAAGACCUUCAUUACUGCGGGAGCCGCCUUCGCUGCAACGGCGGCCUACCUUGACGCUCACUUUGGGUUUUCGCGAGAUAUUGGUCAAAUACUGGCUGACAGGCGCUUUGGAAAACGAAUUGAGCAGCGGAUAAAAGCUGUCGGGAGUGUUGCUGGCAUCUAUGGACACCUUCAGACCGCAGAUCCUGCAGCAGAGGGCCUUUGGUUCGAGGGCCGUACAUGGACCUAUAGAGAAAUCUUAAAAGAAGCGGAUGCUUUCGCACAAGUACUACAUGACAUCGGCGUCCGGAAGAACAGCUUUGUAGCAGUCUUUAUGAGCAACUCUCCCGAAAUGGUCUUCGCCCUCGCAGCCAUAAGUAAGCUUGGUAGCGCUCCAGCAAUGAUAAAUACAGCCUUAAGAAACGAGACACUGCUACACUGCCUUGGUGUAGCAAACGCGUCAGUUCUUGUGGCGACACCCGACCUCAUAGAACACGUCGUUCCCGUCCUCAAGGAGGACAGAAUGGCCACAAGUUGUCUCAGUCUGAAUGUUGGAUCCUUCUCCGACGAUCUUUCCGAUGAUCGUUUUAUUUCCGUUACGCAGAAACAGCUUUCGGCCACAGCAGUCCGCGUACAAACAGUUCCCAGGGCGCUGAAAGACAUCGGUGCACUCAUCUACACGUCCGGAACAAGUGGAAAGCCCAAGGCCGUAUCUAUCAAAAACUGGCUGCUAAUCCUCACUUCCACGACCACUGAUCUUGAUGCUCGAUUUCCAGAGCGAUAUAAGCCAUUACGCACCUACAGCUGCCUGCCCUUGUUUCAUGGAACUUGUUUCUUCACGGGCCUGCUAUACUCCGCUGGUAAUUCAGGAUCGUUCUGUUUGGCAAGAAAAUUCUCUGCAAGCGGUUUUAGUCGUUCACUCGUUGAGAGCGGUGCGACGAGAACUCUAUAUGUUGGAGAACUCUGUCGCUAUCUGUUGAAGGCUGCUCCUUCGCCACACGAUCGGGCCCACCGCUGUCGCGUCGCAGUUGGUAAUGGGCUCUCGAACGACGUUUGGCUGAAAUUCAUGGAACGCUUCGGCAUCGAAGAGAUCCGAGAGUUUUAUAGAUCGACGGAGGGACUUGCGAAAUUCGACAAUUGCAGUAGAGGCAGACAGGGUGCAGGCAAGGUCGGCUUCCAGGGUCCAAUCUACCGCAACUUCAAUCGGGACACUGUUCUCGUCCGUUAUGAUCCGGAUACAGAGAUGCCGUGGCGAGACCCGAAGACCGGCUUUUGUGUUCGCGCCAAGAUCGGGGAGCCUGGCGAAGCUAUCGGUCUUGUUAGAAAUAUGGAUUUUUACCACGAAUAUCUCAACAACCCAAAGGCAAACGAAGAGAAACUACUCGCAAACGUUUUCAAGAAAGGUGACUUGUAUCAAAGAAUGGGUGAUCUUCUCGUCAAUGAAAGCUCUGGAUGGGUUUCGUUCAGAGACCGGACGGGUGACACCUACAGGUGGAACGGAGAAAACGUAAGCGCUGGCGAAGUCAGAGAACAUAUAUCGAGGAUACCAGGGGUAAUAGACGUCACUGUUUAUGCGGUCAAAUUGAGUGGGUACGAUGGUCAAGCAGGCGCUGCCGCGAUCACACUUGCAACUGGAUAUAGGGGACAAGAAGACAAAUUUGCUGAGCAACUGUACCCGCGACUAAAGAAAUCAGGCUUGACUUCUUACCAGCUUCCGCGGCUGGUUCGAUUCAUCGAGCAAAUCGAGGUAAACGCGACGUUUAAGCACGCGAAGACGGUGAUGAUGACAAGGUCAUGGGACCCACGGAAACAGACGGCUGGCGAACAUGUGUACUGGCUUGACGGCAAUGCAUACAAGAGGCUCGAUUCACAGGCGUGGGCCGACAUUUGUGCCGCUAAAGCACGACUAUAAAUCUGUGUAUUGUAACAUAUUUGUUCUAACGAUAUCCAGAGUCGUCUCUCGUUAUACGUUAAAAUGGUAAAAAAAAUUCUUAUUAAU